AUGAAGGUCGCCACGGGCUUCCUAGCGCUUUCCCUCCUCCGAUAUGUGGUUGGUGACCUCACGACUGGUGUACCAGACUCCUCCCCACCAGGCUUCGAGGAAUGGAUAAGCCCGAUCGUUCAACCUGCGAAAAAUGUCACGGGCGACGGAGAUUGGGCCACUGCUGUUGCUAAAGCCAAGGCUUUCGUCAGCAAACUGACACUCGAUGAAAAGAUCAAUGUAACUACAGGGGCCGACAUCAAGGAACGAUGCGUCGGCAACACGGGUACAAUCGCUCGUUUUGGAUGGAACGGGCUUUGCCUUGAGGAUUCGCCUUUGGGAGUUCGCUUCACGGAUUUUGUCAGCGCAUUUCCUGCGGCCAUCAACGUCGCGAGUACAUGGGACAAGGGUCUCAUAUAUGCGCGUGGAAAGGCGAUGGGACAAGAGCAUAGGGGAAAAGGUGUCAACGUCGCGCUUGGUCCCAUGACUAAUCUCGGUCGUGAUGCAGCUGCGGGACGUAACUGGGAAGGUUUUGGCGCUGAUCCUUAUCUUGCCGGCGUUGGUACUGCUUUGACAACACAAGGAUACCAAGAUAUCGGUGUGAUUGCAUGCGUCAAACAUUUUAUCGCAAACGAGCAAGAACAUUAUCGAGGGCAGAACGAAGCUCCGCAGAUAUACUCGUCGAAUGUGGACGACAGGACUCUGCACGAGCUCUACGUUUGGCCUUUCGCGGAGGCGGUUAACGCAGGUGUUGGCGCAGUCAUGUGUUCAUACAACAAGAUCAAUCAGACGCAAGCUUGCCAAAACAGCAAAAUCAUCACGGGUGUAUUGAAGGAGGAACUCGAUUUCCAAGGGUUCGUUACUAGUGAUUGGGCGGCUUUGCUCAACGGAGUGCAACCCGCGCUCGCGGGCCUUGACAUGAACAUGCCUGGUUUCAUCGCGUACGGCCAAGGACCCCAAGACGAGUCGAACCCGGACAAUACCACAAACUCCUGGUGGGGCUCGCAGCUAAUCGAGGCCGUGAACAACGGGAGCGUACCCGAGUGGCGAGUUGACGACAUGGUGACGAGGACACUGGCUGCUUGGUACAAGAUGGGACAAGAUAACAACUACCCCCCGCCUAACUUCGAUCAACUGACAGAGGCUACCUAUCUGAACGGUACUCUGGUAAACGAGCAUGUCAACGUCCAAGGUGACCACUAUAAGCUCAUCAGGCAAAUCGAUGGAGCGAGCACCGUCCUCCUCAAGAACAACGGUGUGCUUCCUCUGGACCUGACCAGGAUCAAACGUAUCGGUAUCUUCGGAUCGGAUGCUGGACCCAACCCUGAUGGCCCGAACGGAUGCUCCGAUCGUGGCUGCGAUCAAGGCACUCUUGCAAUGGGAUGGGGUAGUGGUACAGCCAACUUCCCAUAUUUGAUUGACCCAUCGGCGGCCAUUAACUCGUUCAUAAAUGCCAAUAAGCCUACUAUACCUGUCGAGGCUAUCUUCAACGACUAUAAUUAUGCUCAAGUGGCUAGUGUCGCUAGUGUCGCUGACACCUGUCUCGUAUUCGUCAAUUCUGAUUCGGGAGAAGAUUACAUCACGGUGGACGGCAACGAGGGCGAUCGCAAUAAUUUAACUCUCUGGCACAGCGGCGACGACCUAAUCAACGUUACUGCUUCGGAGUGCGACAAUACAAUCGUUAUCAUGCAUGCUGUAGGCCCAGUUUUGUUGGAGAACUGGAUUGACCAUCCCAACGUCACUGCGGUACUUUCUGCGGGCAUUCCCGGGCAAGAAACUGGAAAUGCCAUCGUCGACGUCCUGUUUGGCGCUGUGAACCCCAGCGGGCGCCUGCCUUACACCAUCGCCAAAGCCAGAUCUGAUUACCCUGCAGACGUCCUCUACUCGAGCACCGAACAGACGCCGCAGAUCACCUAUAGUGAAGGUCUGAAUAUUGAUUAUCGACAUUUCGACUCUGCUGGCAUCGUACCGCGCUUCGAGUUUGGCUUUGGGCUAAGCUAUACAACUUUUGCGUACAGUGGACUGCGUAUCUCAGGGUCCGUGCAUCACAGACGAGAGCAUCCCUCAAGCACUCUCGCCUCCGAGUCCGGGUUUUCAUUACUUCCCACUGCCGUGUCAACCUCAAGCGCUCCGCCCUCGAAUGUUCCUUCCUCUAUCGCUCCCUCGAUCAUCACCGCGAGCUCGAGCGCCUCUGGGAGCUCAAGCACCAUCUCUGGGAGCCUGAGCACUAUUUCCGGGAGUUUGAGUACUUUCUCGGGGAGCUUUAGCACCAUCUCCGGAACUUCGAGUGCUUCGGCAAUAACUUCGUCGUUAGCAUCUUCCGUCUCCAUAAAUGCUACAUCAUCUGCCCUCACAGGGACUCCAACACUAAACGCAACCUCGAGUGUCUCUGGAAACGCUACGGCCACGGGGUCUGCGCCUCCAGCGAUUUCGUCUCCGGCCCAGACCCACCCCGGCGGGCCUGCUAACCUUUUCGACGACCUCCUGACCGUCUCCUACACCAUCACGAACACGGGCGGCUUCGACGGCAACGAGGUCUCGCAAUUGUACCUCGGCUUCCCGAAAAGCGCGAAUGAACCUCCACGCGUGCUGCGAGGGUUCGAUCGAAGUUUCAUUCGUCGGGGCGGGUCGGCUCACGUCUCGUUGACCCUCCGUCGGAAAGACGUGAGCAUCUGGGACGUCAUCAAGCAGCAGUGGGUCAUCCCUCCGGGAACAUUCACAGUGUUCGUGGGCAGCUCUUCGAGGAAACUACACCUUACGGGCACCUUCAAUACCUGAAGUCUGUCAAGAGAUGCAGGUGCGCUGUGUGAUGGACGUUACCUUCCUGGAGCGCAGUCGUUUGUUUUAGGAAUCAAAUAAAAGCAUGUGGUAGUAGCUGGCGUGCGUAGCUACUAGUAUGGAGACUACGAAAUCCAAAGCUGAGC